GCCAGUGCCCGCCAGCAGGCGCCCGAGCGCAGCGUGCCGCUCGCCUCGCGUACCGACCGCCGCCUCCGCCGCCUCUGCCGCGUCCGCCGCGUUCGCCGCGUCUGUCCGUGUUGCGAUGAAGGUACUCAGCCCCUGUCCAUAACGUGAUAGCAGUUAUGCCCUUAGCUGUAGGUAGCGGCGGCUGGACGUCCGCAACACAGAUUUUUAUUGAGAAGCACGUAUAAUGCUAAAAUUACCCAAAGGUCUUAAAAAGAAGAAAAAAGGAAAAAAGUCAAAGAGAAAAGGUGAAGAAGAAUUAUUCACGGAAGAAGAAUUAGAGAAAUAUAGAAGAGAACAUCAGCACCAGCAGUCGGAUGUCGGUGAGGGGUCUGUCAAGGAAAACGAGGAAUGGUCCAAGUUUAAAGACCUAACUACCGGCGUCGACACCGUUCUCAAAAAGACUCAGGGCGAUUUAGAUCGCAUCAAAUCCACAUCAUUCUUUCAACGUGUACCGGCUGGCCCUAAAGAAGUCGAGUCUGUUCCCGAAGAGAAACCCCAGCGGCCAGUGGUUGAGAUCACCGAGGCCGACUUUCCGCAGCUGGUGCAGGGCGCGGCGGCCGACGACGACGGCGACCGCAGCGAAUUUGGCCUCACUGACGAAGAGUCUGACGAGGACGAGCACGACGACAUCUUCGACACUUCGUAUGUAGAGGCGGUUGAGCGUGGGGAAGUGAAGCUCGCCUACGUACCGGACUCACCCGACCAGUUCCAAGACGACGACAUCUUCGACACCUCGCACGUCGACGCUCUCAUCAAAGGUCACGAAGCCAAAACCACAAAAGGAAAAAAAACCUUGGACAUCGGAGUCGCCGUUGAAGUUCUCACCGGUAGAAUCGACAACGUUACCGUCACGACAAAGAGAUCCAAAAGAGUUAUACCGGGAGAUCUGUUGUUGGAAACCAGUGACAAUGAAGUGCUGCCAGUGAGUGCCACAGUCGUUACUGAACCAGUCGAAAAGAGCAUAUUAGAUAUCGAUACAGAUAUCCCUAUAACGACCCCUAUAGAUCUCAGUGUAUCACUUCAUACUUCGCUGAUCCAGCGAGAGAAAACUGAAAAACCCAUUAAUACAUUGACACUUGACGAAUCCAAAAACGAGAAGGAUUCCGACAAGGAACAAGAAAUAGAUGAAUUUACGCUCUUAGCAGCGGAAUCGUUGGAGUGCAGUGCAGAAGUAACGAGACUUGAGUCCAAGGAAAUAAAGUUAGAACCAGUGUUACAGGAAUCUUGGUCUGCUUUUGAAGCCGAUAAAAACGAAUCUGUUUUUGCGGAUUGUAUUGUUGAAGAUCAAAUUGAUGUGGUAGACUUGUACGGAGAUCAAGACGAUCCGUUCGAUACAAGUUUUGCUGACGCAGUUGUUCCAUCCACAAAACUACAAGAAGUUCGCAAAGAAGCUGUUAUUUUAGAGGAUGACGAUGAUUUUGAUCCUCGUGCUGAGGAAGUGCGUGUUCAAUUGAACAAUAGACGAAAAUCUUCAGUACGAAUUCAUUUGACUAACCCUUCAGGUGUGAGAGAAUCUAUUACUUCUGACGACGUCGUAGAUAAGGAAGAGGAGCACUUGUCACGAGAUCUGCUUGGGGGAAGCACAACUGAUUUAACGCAACUGGGCCAUUCUCCCUUAGACCCGCUAGGCGUCAACAACGCGGAUAUAGAUCCAUUCGACACUACGAUUGUCGAUAAAAUCGUAGCUCCAGGCAAAGUGGAAUUGAAACUUUUGGAAAAGGAACUGAUCGGCGCUAACCCGACACCAGUGUACCGGGUGCCAAGUGACCCUGAUUUCGAUCCACGAGCUGACGAGCCUAAGAAAACAGAAAGACGCGCCUCUCGACCUGAAAACUUAACGGUAAGCAAAAGUGUGGUGUUCAAUAUAAACGCUGACGAGACUUGUGCUUUGGACACAAAACCGAAAGUUGCCAAUCCAGUGACUCCGUACUAUACUCGCGAACUCUCUAUUACCGAAGACGCUGACGAAGACCCAGUUUCUAACAAGCCCGUCGAAACAUUAAUAAAAACGCGCUCCUCUGAAAAUUUGGCCACUGAAGUAAAUUACUCUACAAAGAGGCGGCAUUCAGAGCAUCCGCAACUAAAUUAUAGCGUAAGCAUCGGAUCCAAAACCAACGACAUAUUCGUAAACGAGCAAAAAGCAAUUAGUACUAAGGUGCUGACGCCGGCACCUACAGAGGAUAUCGAAACAUUUGAAGAACAAGACGUCGAUCCAUUCGACACCUCUUUUGCGACUGCUAAGAUCGCUCCGAGCAAGACUGAGCUAAAAUUACUGGCGAAAGAAUUUUCGUGUGAAGAAACCGACGUAAAAAAGUCUGGUGAAUACGAUUUUUUAGAACCUUCUGAUGACUUUUUUCAAGUAAAGGCUCUUAGUCCUGAGCCGCCUGAAGCGAUUAAGGGCGACGAAGAUUUCGACCCAUUCGAUACCUCGUUUACCGGAAAUCUUAAUCCUGGUAAAACUGAGUUAAAUAUGAACGAGCCUGUGGCACCCGUGACAGCAGAGGUGCUUAAUCCAUUUAUGAUGGCGGAUGCGGAACCGGAAGUGUUCACAGGGGAAAAUCCGUUUGCUGCGAGCAACCCAUUUUCAGAUUUCGGUGGCAGUUUUGAACCCGCUAUCGGUGACACUGUUCCAGCAGACAUUUUUGGCGGAGGUGAUGUAUCGGAAGUGGGGGCAAAGCAUUUCGACAUUUUGGAAGACUCAGGAACUCAACCCACGAUAGAAAAUGAACGGCUCACCAAGCCCACCGAGCUCGAACUUGUCUCUAUGACGACGGAACACACGCAGAUUAGUUCCGUGGAAGACAAUAGCGUACAGGCCCCCGCCCGUCCUCUACCGCCUGAAACGCAAAAUUUAAUUUUGAGUGUGACUGGCCAAAUGGAAUUUGCUAGUUCCCAUCUUCUGGAUCGCAUACCGCCGACGCGCACGCCGAGUCCUGUGUCGGUCCGUGACAUUCACUCGCCGAGUCCCACACCUGAGCCGGACGUAGAGGAGACGUCGGCCGUGGAGAGCUUCGACGUAAAUCGCAACAAGCCAGCGCGGCCGCCGCCUGCGCGUCCCCCUCCCGCCGUGCGCCCACCACCACCGCGCCCCGCACCGCCAGCAUCCACCGCAACCACGGCUGUACCGCCACCACGACCCGCUGCGCCGGAGCCCAUGGACGAUAUCAACUUGUUUGAUGCACCAGUUCCUACCGCAGUGAAACCGACCAAAGAAGCAAUACUAAGUUUGUAUUCAGCACCAAAACCAGAAGAAAGGCAGAUUGAUUUUUUGAGUGAUGAUAUUAUAGAAGACGUAGCGACUGAUGCUUUUGUGGAGAUGCCUCAGACCGGCACUACCACGAUGUCGCCAUCGGAGGCGAUGAUCGUAGAUUCGAAUGACUCGGUUGCAAGUCCGGCCUCCCAAGCUCCAGCCAUGGACGCUGCGUUCCCUAAUGUGACCUCACCUCAAGUGUCUACCGAGGCGGCACCGAUGGAUUGCUCGGAACCAUUUACUCAGUUCACAUUAGCGCCCUCCCAUUCUUCUCCUUUUGAUGACGUCGUGAAUGAAGAUUUUAGUAUUCCAAAAUCAGCAGAUGGCGAGAAGAAUCCUUUUGAAAUGUUCGGUGCAGUUGAAGAUAGUAUGUUCACUGAGUCUUCAGGCGAUAUUUUUGGUGUGAAAUCAAAUGAAGUCGUUACAGAAGUUAGUGACAAAACAUUCGGCAAUGCGUUUCAAGACAACGUCGGGGAACAUUUUGGGGGUUCUGAUAUGGAAAGUAUGAGCAGUGAUAUGUUCGGCGGCACGGCAGUUGCUGCCGGCGAGGCAGACACGAGCCCGUUUGCUGCUAGUGCCGGUGAUGUUACUACUUUUGGCGACCGUCAUACGUUCGACACCACACUUACAGCUUCAGGUGGCGAAGAUCACUGGGCUGAUUCCGAACCUGGACAUCAAGCAUUUCCAGAGAGUCAGGACGCCUUCGAUGCUUUCUCUGCCAAGUUUGAUUCGACAACAGCCCACCAAGUUAACGAAGGAGCAUGGGGCGAGGCAGCGGGCGCAGAAGCUGCGCCGGACGGGUUCGAGGCGGAAGCGUUCGACCCGUUCCUGAGCAUGGGUGCGCCGCCGCCGCCCGCCGCCACUCCGCGCCUCGACCAUCAGGGCUCCAGGGAUUCUACGGAUGACACCUUUUCCGUUUUUAUCAGGCCAAAAGAGAGCGAGGCGGGGAGCGCGGAGCCGGUGCCGGUGCUGGCGCCGCCGCCGCGGCCGCAGGCGCUGCCCGAGUCUCCGCGCUUCAACCCUUUCGACAAGAGCGCGUUCGAAAUGCAGCAGGACGAGCUGCCGCGCGAGGAUGUGCGCGCGGAGGGGGGUGAGGGAGGCAGCGAGACUCCGCCCACGCCGCUGUUCGACGAGGACGUGUCUGUGCCGCUGGAAGACUUCCCGCGUUCCAAGUACAGCGGCCCGGGCUGGGAAAUGCACCUGCGACAACCCAACAAAAAGAAAAUCACCGGACAGAGGUUCUGGAAGAAGAUCUUCGUGAAGCUAGCACAGCAGGGCGACAACCCUGUAGUCCAGCUAUUCAAUUCUGCCGGCGACAAGGAGCCGUUCCAGGAGCUGCCACUGCAGGCGUGCUACUCAGUGUCCGAGAUCGGCGCGCAGCAGUUUGACCAGUUCGGCAAGAUCUUUACCGUCAAGCUGCAGUACGUGUUCUACAAGGAGAGGCCCGGCGUCAGGCCCGGACAAGUGACGAAGGCGGAGCGUAUCACCAAUAAGCUGUCGCAAUUCGCGGCGUACGCGAUCCAGGGCGACUACCAGGGCGUGAAGGAGUUCGGCAGCGACCUGCGUAAGCUGGGCCUGCCCGUGGAGCACGCCCCGCAGGUGUCCCAGCUGUUCAAGCUGGGCUCGCUGUCGUACGAGGACGUGAAGCAGUUCUCGUGGUGCGUGGAGGAGGCGCUGUUCCGACUGGCGGCGCACCGCGACCGCGCGCUCACCUACAAGAUGGAGGAGGUGCAAGUCACCGCCGUGGACGAGCUCUACGUGGAGCAGGACGCCGAGGGCUCUGUACAGAAGCAGAUCGCGCGCGUCAGACUCUUCUUCUUGGGAUUUCUCAGCGGCAUGCCAGAUGUUGAGUUAGGUGUGAACGACCUCAGGCGUCAGGGCAAGGAAGUGGUGGGGCGCCACGACAUCAUCCCCGUAGUCACCGAGGAGUGGAUCCGCGUCGAGGACUCCGAGUUCCAUGCCUGCGUGCAAGCUGAGGAGUUCACCAAAUCUCAGAUAAUCAAGUUCAAACCCCCCGACGCGUGCUACAUCGAGUUGAUGCGGUUCCGCGUGCGACCGCCCAAGAACCGUGAACUGCCGCUGCAACUGAAAGCGGUGUGGUGCGUCACCGGCAACAAGGUGGAGCUGCGCGCGGACGUGCUGGUGCCGGGGUUCGCGUCGCGCAAGCUGGGCCAGGUGCCGUGCGAGGACGUCGCCAUCCGCUUCCCCAUCCCCGAGUGCUGGAUCUACCUGUUCCGCGUCGAGAAGCACUUCCGCUAUGGCUCGGUUAAGUCUGCCCACAGGCGCACCGGCAAGAUUAAAGGCAUUGAAAGAUUCCUGGGCACUGUGGAGACGCUCCAGGAGUCUCUGAUCGAAGUGACGUCGGGCCAGGCCAAGUACGAGCACCAGCACCGCGCCAUCGUAUGGCGCAUGCCUCGCCUGCCCAAAGAGGGACAAGGUGCGUACACCACCCACAACCUGGUGUGUCGCAUGGCGCUGACGUCGUACGACCAGAUCCCCGAGGAGCUGGCGCGGCACGCGUACGUGGAGUUCACGAUGCCGGCGACGCAGGUGAGCCACAUGACCGUGCGCUCGGUGUCGCUGCAGGAGCACGACGGCGACCCGCCCGAGAAGUACGUGCGCUACCUGGCGCGCCACGAGUACACCGUGGGCAUCGAGCGCAGCGCGGGGCAGGCGGCGCCGGCGUACGCGCUCGCGGCCACCGCCGACCCGGCGCCCGCCGCCGCGCCUGCGCCUGCGCCCGCGCCUGUACCGCAGCCGCCAUCCUCCGACUCGGACUCGGAGUGAACGCCGCUCCCCGCUUAGUUCCCCACGAUUGUGAUAUAAUUCUUGGUUAGUUGUUGACAUGUACUUAUAUUAGAGUUUUAAGCAAUAAACGUUAUACAUACAUAGUAUAUACUUACAGUAAAAUAUGUCGUGUGUGUUAUCAUUGUAAUCGAAUGUGAGAACCUACUAUUAACGAGCACAAAAGCCAGCGCCCCGCGCGAUCCCAGCGACGCGUCGCCGCGCGUUGCGUAUUCAUAGUUAAUCAUAAAUUGCCUUGUGCAUAUUGUUGUAUACAUAACUACCUACCUAUUUAGAUGCCGUAGUGAAAAAUUAAUACUUAUAAAAUACAAUAAAUCAGAUAUCUAUAUGAAUAUUAUAAAAUGUUUAAAUUUGAUAUAGUAGCUGCAAUAUAACAAAAGUUUGUAAUGAGACGCAUCGUUCGUCGCCGGUCGCGAGGCGCGAGUCGCGACUGUGUACAGAACUGCGGUUUCAUUGGGCGUGUUUGUAGCGCGUAUGGACUCGUAUUUGUGCUGCCUGCUUCGUAUGAAUACGAACUCAUACGCGCUGCGAGCACGGGUGAUGUGACGCGCGUGGCUGGCGGAGCGAGCAGCGCCGCGAGCCGUCACCCGUGCGCCGAGCACGGUCACGCUGUUUGUGUAAGCGACGCUUGGAACUCAUGUACCUACACGAUGGACCCUCUGUUUUGUUGUCAAUAAAGUUAUGAACGUGCA